AUGGAGAGCUGCGGGGAGGAGCUGUCCGGCGUGCAAGAUGAGCUUAAGGCCGUGAAGGCAGCCCUGCGGGGGGGGGGCGCGUACCUGGGCAUGAGCGGCCAGCCCCUGCAGACGUACCUCCUCCGGCUGAGCGAGAAGGAGAACCUCCUGAUCUCGAAGCAGCUGCAGCUGCUCCAGGCGAGCGACGGGACGCCGGUCGCGCACGGUGGCGGCGCCUCCGCGGCCGAGCCCGCGGCGCCGGAGGUGCCUACGCCGAGACCUGCCCCGCCGGGGCCACCGAAGAGCCUCGACCGCGAGGACCUCGAGGCUGUCAUCGCGCACCUGCAGGACUACGAGUCCUCGCCGCCAGAGUCCACGAAGGCCUUGCGGGCGCUGUCGUCCCUGGCCUACGCGGACGCGUCCAAGGUCGGCAACGACGAGGCGGCCCUCGCGCAGCUGCUGCGGCUGCUGCUCAUCCACCCGGAUGCGGUGCAGCUUCAGUUGGCGGCCAUGCGCGCGCUGUGCAACAUGGCCUACGACCACAAGGAGAGCGACCAGCCAGAGAGGCACGUGGCGGGACAGGAACGCCAACAGGCACCGCGAACAGCGCACCGCCAGCUGCAGGACGCCAGCUGCGCGGACAGCACCGACGGUGGCCUAGGGACAACCCCAGCGGAGGACGGCGAGCGGCAAGGCAGCGAGGUUGCGCCCGGCAGCCGCGGGAUGCAGGAGGACAUCCGGGCCAGCGGGGUGCGGCAGGCCUGCUGGUCGGUCCAGAGCGUCCGCUUGGCAGUGUCGUCGGCGCCAAGGAGGAGCUCGCACAGCGGGCGAGACCUGCUCACGCUGGAGGCGCUGGCGGCAAGGGCGCUCAGGGCGGGCCCGAGCUCUGGUUCUUCGGCUGAGACUAAGACAUCUAUCCGUGGGCAAGGCCUCCAUGAACCGCCGUUGGGUGACGGCGACAUGGACGGCAGCCGCGCGCCCCACGCCGGCAAGCGCGGCCUGGGCGCGCGCCUGUCCCGCGUGGUCCGGGAGCACGGCGGCGAGGCGGGGAAGGCUGCUGUCAAGCGCCAGGAAGCAGGGACCCGCUCGCACCACCUCGGAGCUCAGAAUGCCAGCGCGCAUGAUGCCGUCGGCAAGCGACUCCUCAGCGGAGGGGCCUCCGUCCCCGGGGACGGUUGCGGCGCCUGCGCGGUGCUUGAUCGGGCUCCGUGUGUGACGUGA